CCGCUUGUCACUGCACUUGUUAAUUUGCGUGCCCAUCCUAAAGUCAUGGAUAAGGCCGUUGUCUGUUUGUUCACCAAAAUCGGAUCAAACACAGCGCAGUUACGACAGUGAGUGGACUUUAUUGAGGCAUAGCAGGUACAUCGUCAUCAUAGAUUAGGAAGCCAGCCAAAAUCUCCACAUUCACCUUCACUCGCAUAGAUCCUGGUCCUCCAUAGCACACUGCAGAAUGGGAUCCAGACAGGGUGAUAUACCAGCACUGGAGUCUGGUGUAUCGGGGGGAUUCUUUGGGGGGUUCUCUUCCCCCAUCGGUAUGUCCAGACGAGCCUUUAGUUAUGACGAGGCCCUGGACGCUCCCAUGCACUCCCCUCCCCCUGACAUGUGUGUCAACAACCCAUGGAAGGACCCUCUCAUCCCACAGAGGAAGUUCAAGAGGAUUGUUGAGGAGGACGAGAGUGGCACUGGCAGUCAGUUUAACGUGGCAACAGCAGCAGCACCGGUCAAGCCCACUGUCCCCGUGGUCAAGGCCAAAGCCUCCUCUCUCAUGAACACACUCAUGAUCAAGCAGACCCAGGAGAGCCUCCAGAGGUUUGAGCUCCAGGCAGGGCUAACAGAAGCUGGCUAUACCCCCCACAAGGGCCUCUCUGCAGAGGACACACGAUUCCACCGCCUGGCUGAGGGGCAGAUGCCUAAGCUGAGAAUGCCAAGUGGGGACUUCAAGGAGGACAGGCUUUCGUCAUCAGCUCAAUCCACCCCUUGUGGCACCCCUUCCGGGACCCCCUCCGUUACCCCCAGCGUCAGUCCCCACGGAUCACCGAUACUCAACCGCAGGAGCUGGUUCAACAACCUGAGUCCAGCACCGUUUCUCACCACACCGGAGCUCAGCAGUCCUAACUUCAGCCCAGAAAUGGGAGGCAAUGAGGGAGGAGGAGCAGGAGGGGAGAGGUGGAGCUUCUUUGGAACUUCUCGCCCAGUAGUACAGAAGUCCUCUACUGACCCUGGUUCAGAAACCAACACAGGCUUCACUCUACAGUCGUACUUUGGCGUGCCAAAGUCCAACACCAUGGAAGGGAUUAAGACCCAGGUCAACCUCAUGGUGGAUGACCCUGCCAAGUUCAACCCCCCGAAGAUCGAGAUCAGCGGCAUCGAGGGUAAGAGACCCUCCCAGACUCGCCCACACAAACUCAAACCCCGAGACAUGAACGUCCUGACGCCGUCAGGAUUCUGAUACCCCCAGGAACCCCUUCUCCUGAAUUCUACCGACCCUCCUUGGUCCAAUUAAAGCACGAAAUGGAGUAUUUCCAACCACCUUGCCUCAAGAGGGUCACUUCUUCAGUUUCUGGGUGCUUUGGCAUAUGGUGUCCGGUUGCCAUUGUCGUCUGCGAUGUCAUGAGAUUGAAAUGGUGGUUUUGAUGUCUCAUGAGUCACUGAACCAGUAUCUGUGCUUGAGGAAACCGUAAUGUCUCAUGAGUCACUAAACCAGUACCUGUGCUUGAGGAAACCGUAAUGUCUCAUGAGUCACUAAACCAGUACCUGUGCUUAAGGAAACCGUAAUGUCUCAUGAGUCACUAAACCAGUACCUGUGCUUGAGGAAACCGUAAUGUCUCAUGAGUCACUAAACCAGUACCUGUGCUUGAGGAAACUGUAAUGUCUCAUAAGUCACUAAACCAGUACCUGUGCUUGAGGAAACCGUAAUGUCUCAUGAGUCACUAAACCAGUACCUGUGCUUGAGGAAACCGUAAUGUCUCAUGAGUCACUAAACCAGUACCUGUGCUUGAGGAAACUGUGAAUAUGACUAGAUCUUCUCUGACGCUCAGGGUCCUUCAAGUCAAAAUCCCAAUAACCGGCUCUUCAAAUGUUAUGUCAAAAUACAUUCGGUACUCACCACAAUAUGGCUUUUCGCAGAGCAACUAUCGUCGUUACUGCUGUUACGCAUGGCGUUUACCUUCUAAAAUGUAUUUUGCGAUACUGUACUGCUGCUGGAUCAGCUGACCUGUGCGUGGCAGUAAUGAGUCAUUGGAUUUGGCGCAUGCGCAUUUGGUCAAAAACAAAUAUUUUUUUACUAUUUUUUUACCUUUUUUGAAAGUUACAUACUGUGUGUAACGGCAGUAUGAAGGUAGUUGCUCUGCGAAACGCCAUAUUGUGGUGAGUACCGAAUGUAUUUUGACAUAACAUUUGAAGAGACGGUUAAAUGGGACUUUGACUUGAAGGAUCCCGGGUGUCAGAGGAGAAUCUUGUCAUAUGGUCUCCUUAAGCCCAGGUACUGGUUCAAUCAGUCCCCUGCUCUGACUGACAAAAACCGCCAUGUUUCAUUAUAUUGAACUCCCUCUCGCUAAAAGCACUGUACAGCCCCCAGCCAAUGCAAUUUCACUCAACUAGACUCCACCUCUGAUAGUCUUAUGUUCUUGUAGUUUGAUAGUUUUGUAUAGUUAUUUUGGGGGGUGGGGCAGUGAUGUGGUCUUACUGAUGUUGUGCCUAAGCUUGCUUCUGACAUCUGCCAUAUCAGUUGACUUUUUAUUUGACAGUCUUAGUACUAUUACUUACGUUCGUUAUUGGAUGAGAGUGUGGCUACUGCUAACCUCAAAUUUAAAAAAAAUAAUAAUAAUAAUAUAAAAUCCAGAUAUUAUGUUAUUGGUAUUAAAUGGUGUGUUAUGAUAUUUCCAUAUACAAGUCUGUAAUGCUUUAAGAAUAUAUUGAUAUGAAGGCCUAUUAUGCUUUGAAGUAGUCAUUUGAAAUGUGUUUUUAUAUUAACUAUUAUUUUAGAAUCAAUGCUGUUUUUGCAAGAUGUUUAUGAAUUCCAAUAGUUUGUUGCACAAGGGAUAGCUUUUCCCACUGAAUUCAGCUGUAAAUAAACUCAACACAAACAAAAUUA